GUGUGUCUACUCGCCUCGAAAGCGCCGAGCCAAGAAACAAGCGUAUUGAUGAUCCACAUAACCUACAAGGCGACUCGACUCCACCAGGCAACUGACAAGAUAUCGCAGAAGUGAACCACUCGAUAAAAGUCUGCUUUUGGAGGUUCUCGACCGCCUCAAACGCCUGGAAGAACAAGUUGGUCUGGAAGAUGCUCCAGAAACCGACGAUAAUGGAGACGACUCCAUGUCGAUUUCUUCCAUCGGUGCAGAGGCCGCACAGGCAAUAUCCCUAGACGAAGAUCCGGCUCAAGUAGUUCCAUCCGCGAUUCGACAUAUUGUCAAUGGGAUCAAAGAUGAAGGCAGUCGAUCUAUGCUUCUCUCCAACGUCUUUUGUCACCUGCGACACGUGGGCUCAUACUUUUUCGAAAAUAAUCGAUGUAUUAAGACAAUCACCUCUGCUGUAUCGGAGAUUGAACCUAUACACAGUACGGAGAGCAUUGAGCCGCUGGGAGACGCGAUCGUCCCAAAAGACCUGGCAAAGAAAAUAAUUGAAAAACACUAUGCCUCGCACCAAUUUCCAGGCUUCGAAUUCCCUCUCGAGAAAUCUUUCUUAUCUUCAAUCCCCGACUUAAUCGAGAUCCCUCACGUCCAACUAGACUGUACAUCUCAGAUUAUCUAUUACUCUGUUCUCCUUCGGGGCAUUGUUCUGGAGCUUGAAGCCCAUCCCAGAAGGGGCAACAUUUUGCGGUAUCUUUAUUUAAAGUGCGUUGCAUUAAGUGACGAAUGGAUGAAGAAUGUCCAAGAUACCCCCGUCGACUUCUUGGCUGCAUCCCUCAUGACGUCAACAGCCCUCGAAGGCUGUAAUACAGAUCUAGCCUGGAAGGCGUUCAGUCACACAUGCAGGAUAUCAAAGGCACUAGGCUAUUUUUCCGUCGACGAAACACCAAGUGAAGGGGACAACCAAAUCUCUUCACCAGCUGGCACACCACUACACGAAGCUGAAAUAGACCGGAACCGGAAACGCUUCGGCUUCUGGCACAUCCUUCGAACGGACUGUCUUUUCCGAAAGUCAUUCGGCAAACCGACUCUCAUCCCCGCAGGAUCGUGGAAGGUGCAUUUUCCCGAUCCAACGAUCAAUGGCGUGGACGAUGAAUCGUCGCGCUUUAUACAGAUUCAUUUUCUGAUAUCUAUGCGGCUCGGUCUUAUUGUUAGGAAGUAUCUCGAUUGGAUUACUGGUGGUCCGGAUCCGGAUCCGGUUUCGCAUGAUGCUAUUAUUGAUAAUUAUAUCGAUGAGGUGCAGUCUAUUUUGUCGGAUUGGGAUACAGCGAGCCUUCUUCGAACGGCGACAAAUCAUAUCGAUGUCUGGCUCUGCAUCGACGUGCUGAUCGGUAGCUAUGAGAUACUUAUUGUGCUGUAUCUGUCGAAGAAAUGUGACUCUGGUCAUGCCUUACCAUGUCAAGCCGUUGAUCUGGCCAGGAAGUCUCUGAAGACCUUCCAAUCGCUCCUGGGGUCCACAUCGCAUGCGUUCUGGGGAAUCAGUCCUAUCUCAAUGUACCAAUUACUCCCUUUUUUUGUCCUUUGUUUAGACUUCAUAGGGAAUCCAGACCAUGAAAACCUCGAUGAAGAUCUCGUGUCUGUGAGCUGGGUAGGCGACUAUGUCGAAAUGGUCGCCGAGGGACGGGUUGAGCUAAACCCGGUCAUUAUUAUCAUAAACGCCAUGGUGACUGCUUGUAAACAGGCAAAAAUGGACCGUCUUGCCCGGUCAGUUACUACUGGUGAAUAGGCAGACCAUCGAUGUGUGCACAACUUUCAGGACAUCUAC